AUUCAUCUCCACCGCGACAUUGCACUCUUCCGUUUCCGGCUCCCUCUUCCCUCAGUCGGACGCAGCCUACACCACGCCCGCCGCUCGUCAAAUAUCCCUACGAGUUCAAAUGGUAGAUUUGAAGCUCAGCAAGGGAAAGAGUAGGACAUCUCAGAAAUCUCAACCAAACAAGAAGCAAAAGAAAAAUGCAGCUCCCUUAGCGAAGAAAACGGAGAAAGAGAAGAACUUGGAGAAAGAGGAUAUAUUUUUCAGUGACAGUGCUGCAACAAAUAAAAAAAAGGUUGAAUACGAACACGAAACAUCGGAAGAAGAUGAGUUGACAGCUGACUCUCAUUCAGAUAUCUCUUCAGACGGAGAUGAUGCUUUGGCAGAUGACAUUCUUGGAGGGAGCGAUGAUGAUGAUGAUGUUGCACAGGAUAGUUCAGAUAUAGAUUCUGAUUCUGAUGUUUCUGAUAUUGAGAAGAAAGCUAGGAUUAUUGACAAAGAAAGGGAACGAGUAGAGGAUGAAGGUGAAAAAGAAUUGGUUACUAAUAUUAAAGAAGAAGCUGAUGAGUUCAGACUGCCCACUAGUGAGGAACUGGAAGAAGAAACACAUAGACCUCCUGAUCUUACCAAUCUCCAAAGGAGGAUAAAAGAAGUUGUACGAGUUCUCUCAAAUUUGAAGUCUUUGAGGCAAGAGGGAGUAACUCGAAAAGAUUAUGUUGAUCAGCUUAAGAGAGAUUUAGUUUCAUACUAUGGAUACAAUGAAUUCAUGAUUGAAACUUUAGUUGAGAUGUUUCCGGUUGUUGAGCUUAUGGAACUUAUCGAAGCGUUUGAGAAGCCCCGACCAAUAUGUAUUCGAACAAACACAUUGAAGACACGUAGACGGGAUUUAGCUGGUGUGCUGUUGAACAGGGGUGUCAAUUUAGAUCCACUUAGCAAAUGGUCAAAGGUUGGAUUGGUGGUAUUUGAUUCACAAGUACCAAUUGGUGCAACUCCCGAGUAUAUGGCUGGUCAUUAUAUGCUUCAAGGCGCAAGCUCAUUUUUGCCUGUUAUGGCUCUUGCUCCUCAGGACAAAGAACGAAUAGUAGAUAUGGCUGCUGCUCCUGGUGGCAAAACAACAUAUAUUGCUGCUCUAAUGAAAAACAGUGGUAUUGUUUAUGCAAAUGAGAUGAAGGAGUCAAGAAUUAAAUCACUUGCUGCUAAUUUACAGCGCAUGGGAGUAACAAAUACCAUCGUUUGCAACUACGAUGGGAGAGAGCUACCCAAAGUGCUAGGUCAAAACUCAGUUGAUAGGGUGUUAUUGGAUGCACCAUGCAGUGGCACUGGGGUCAUAUCUAAGGAUGAAUCUGUGAAGACAUCUAAAACUGCUGAGGACAUACAGAAAUGUGUUUGUUUGCAGAAGGAAUUAAUCCUUGCAGCAAUUGAUAUGGUAGAUGCCAAUUCAAAAUCAGGAGGAUAUGUUGUGUACUCGACCUGCUCCAUUAUGAUUGAUGAGAACGAGGGAGUUAUAGACUAUGCACUGAAGAAACGAAAUGUGAAACUGGUCCCAUGUGGAAUUGAUUUUGGUGAACCAAGGAAAGGGUUUACUCGUUUCAGGCAACACCGCUUUCACCCAUCUUUAGAGAAGACCCGCCGGUUCUAUCCUCAUGUCCACAACAUGGAUGGUUUUUUCGUUGCAAAGUUGCAGAAAGUGAGUAAUGUCAUACCAGCUAAAACGUCAGAAAAAGAUUCAGGGGAAGGUCUUGAGAUGAUUGACAACUUAAAGCAGAAUCCUGAACGGGAUACCAAGGCACAGUUGGAUGAAGAUGCAAAAUUUAAAAGCCAAAACACUUCGAAAAAGAGGAAGAUCUAUAAUGACAAACUAGUGCUUGGGAAAGAAAACGGAAAGUUGAAUUCCAAGAAAGAAGAAAAGCAAUCCCAAAUAAAGAGGAAGGAAAAGCGGAAGCCCUUCAGGAAGGAAAAUUCCAAGUCCAGGAAAGAGAAUGGACAAGCGCCUAUAGUGGCAAAGAAAAAAGCAACCUCCAUGGAAAGCAAUGCUAAAAACAAGAAAGCAAAGCGUGCUUGAUUUGAACUUGAUAACGGUGAACACUAGCUUCUAGCAGAUUGAUCACUUUUUUAUUAAUUUAAAAAAUAUUAGUGUUUGUAAAAGUCUGGAUUUCCACCAUUAUGCAACUUUUAAGCUACGGAUAUUUAGUAUAUCAAGAUUUUGUCUGGCUAGCAGCCAUGUGUAAAACAGAAUACUGAUGAGGAAAGGAAUGCAGUGAGACUGACACUGACUGCAGGAAUACAAACUUUUUGUUGUUGUAGGCUGCAUAUAUAGAGAUUAUCUUGGACUAAUCCAGCCCAAAUCUUUUUGGUUAAUUGCUGUAGCCUUAACUAUUAUUAUUCUAUUAAUAUG